ACGUAUAUAUUUAUAGAACUUAUUGAUAAAUGUAUUGGAUCUAGAAUUUGGGUUGUCAUGAAGAAUGAAAAGGAAUUUACAGGAAAGCUUUUAGGUUUUGACGAUUAUGUCAACAUGGUAUUGGAGGAUGUCACGGAAUAUGAAAAUACAAAGGAAGGUUACAAGACAAACAAGUUGGAACAGAUCUUGUUGAAUGGAAACAACAUUUGUGUCCUGAUACCUGGUGGAACUGGUCCAGUUUAA